AUGGGUCACGCUGGAGGUGGAUCGGAAGGCUUGUCUUCCGGCAAUCUGGAGGAUUACUCUCACGGCUUGCAGCAGAGCGGUAUAUACUGGGAGACUGGACAUCGCACUUACGUUCCGUUCUGGUGGCGCUGGGUGCAGAAGUUCACCCCGAAGCUUAUAGACGACCAGCUUCGUGCGAUAAUUGGCCACGCGCAGCCCGUAGCGUACGAGCCAUUUGUAUUUUAUGGCAAUUCUGCCUACUUCAGGAGUUACGUAGGAGAUCCAGACGUUAGUACCGUUCAUGCGCUCCGCCGCCGAACCAAUUUUUGCUUUUUGCCGACGGGGGGUAAGAGCUUAGGAGCGCUCGAGGGUGAGUUGCAGAAACGGGGGGACGUGCAUCACGAACUAAGGGAAAAGGUAUUCCACGAGGUGCUUCGGUCGGCAAAAGAGCUUGAUGUGGCGAAGUAA